AUGCCGCAAGUAGUGAGAUUGGCCCAGUCUCAUCAAAUUUUCGCUAUCCGACUAUUGGCCGAAUCCCUCUAUGAGGCAACUCGCGCUACAGCCGCAUCAUCGAACCAGGCCCACAAUGAGCUUGCUUUACUCCUGACUGUUCUGAAUACGACCGAGACAUAUUCCUCAUUAUCUGAAACGGGCUGUCCACAUAUGCCCGUCUUAGCCAAAAGAUUACAGAGCUGCCAUGAUAUUUUGGUUGAUUUGCAGAAGCUGCACCUUCAUCCUGAUGCCCUCGGUGCGCAAAGCCAGAUAAAUGAGAUCCGGGCGAAUCUCUCGUCACUAAUUUUCGGAUUGAGUGAGAUAAAUACAAAUAUGAUGAUAUCGUCCCAAAAGAGCAUAAACAAAUCCCUGACGAGACUUAUUGAUGCAAAUAGCACUGAAGCCCAGGAGCUAUCAGCUUUAUCUGAUCAUCUGGAUGAAGAUGUCUCAAAAGCCGAGGCUGAUCAGGUCUGGGCACAACUACAACAUUGUUUGGACACUGCUGGUGUCAGGCCUGAAAUGUCGACUCAGAAUCGCGAAUAUAUCAUCUCGUCACUUAAAAAGAUGAGGAAAAGCGAGAAAAGGUCUGCCAUCGAUACCGCGGCAGCUCCAGCAGAUAUCUCAACGUCUUCCCCCAAGGCGCUGUCUUUGAUUCAUAAAAGAAGCCUGGAUGAUACCAACGACUCGCUAGAAAACCAACCCAAUGGACCCCCAAUCGUUCCAUCUCCAUCAAGGGAACCCAAACCACCAAGGAGGAAGCCAUUGGCUUCAUGCCUUGGCCUUUCAAAAAUACCAGUCGUGAUAGAAGAAAAUCUCCCGAUCCCCGUGGUCUUUGAGGUCCAAGACUCCGCCGGUAUCCGGAACCAACCUCUACCACAUGAGGACUUCCCGAUACCAGCCUGGACGGAAUCAACAAUAGAAAGUGUGAUCUCUUCAAGAGAGCACACCAGCCAAACUGACUCAUCAAUUCCCUCAACACCUUCGAUUCCCACAACCCACGAAACGAACCCAACAACCCUCGAGCCUACCCUUCAUGCUCUAAAAGUAGUCCAAAGCAAAAAGCCAAACCGAAUGAGCCGAAUCAUGUUCCAAAUGACAAACUCCAAACAAAAACUCAUAACUGCAAUCCAAAAAGGCGAUCUCGAGACCCUAACAACCCUCCUCACAAAAGGCGCCGACGCAAAAACCACAAAUCACGAAGGCCAAACACCCCUAAUGGCAGCCGCAUCCUACGGCCACGAAAACAUCGUCCGCCUCUUAAUAGAAUUCGGCGCCGACAUGGAUGCCCAAGCCCAUGACGGCGAAACAGCCCUAACAACAGCUGCAGGGCGCGGCUUCGAGCGAAUAAUCCGAAUCCUCAUCGCCAGUGGCGCGAAAACCAACAGCAAAAUGGGCGCAAGGACAAAAACGCCAUUAUCUCAAGCAGCAGCGUUUGGCCAAGACCGUAUUGUGAAGCUUCUUCUUGAUUGUGGUGCAGAUAUCAAUGCGCUGAAUAACACGGGCCACACCGCUUUGGGGGUUGCUGCGCUGAAUGGGAAUAUGAGGGUUGCGCGGGUUCUGUUGGAUCGGGGGGCUAAUGUUGAUAAAUCGGGAAGUACUUGGCAGUCGCCUUUGCUUGAGGCUAUUAGGCAGAACCAUGCGGAGAUGGUGGUGCUUUUGAUGGAGCGACGGGCGAAUCCGUGUGUUCUUGGAGGGUUUCAGAGGUAUGAAACUGCUUUGACUUAUGCUGCAAGGUUGAAUCGGACUCAAAUUUUGGGGAUUUUUAGGAGGUAUGGGUAUGAGAGGGGUCCUGUUCAGUAUUGUUGA